AUGCGCCCAACGCUUCAGCUCUUGAAGCGCUCGGUCUGGAAAGGCCCGAACCUCGUCUUUCAAGACCUCCCGCAAGUAAUCCAGGGCAAGACGCCGCCGACCAUAAAAACACAGGCCCGCUCCGCGACCAUACUUCCGAAUUUCGUGGGCUUGAAAUUUGCGGUGCACAACGGGAAGAUCUACCAGGAUGUCUAUAUCACCGAAGAGAUGGUAGGCCGGAAACUGGGCGAAUUUGUGCCGUAA